AUGGGCAUCAGAAAUGGACCUGCCCUGCAGAUACAAGAAAUUGGCGUGGGAUGUAUUUUGUGGCUCCCACCUUUCAAUGACUCUAAUGGAGAUUUACUACCCCUUUGUCAACGCCAUACUGGGAUAGAAAAACAUUUGCUGAGCAUUAACGGAUUUGACCAUCCAGUGGUUGUUCUCGACAUUUACAACCCAGGUGAUUCGAAUUCUUCUAUUCAAUUCCUUAUAUUGAGUUCACAGGACUCAUCGAAUUACAGAUACUCUGCCCCGCUUAGAUAUGGAAGCCCUACUCAGUUCGGAGCAAAAUACUCUCUUGAGAGUCAAAAAUGGAUUGCUGCAAGCACCAUCACUAGCUCUACCGCCACCCACUCGACAACUACAAACCGUGAAUCAACAUCGUGGGAAUAG